CCGAGUGUUUUUAAUGUAAGGUAUAUAUAAGAAUCAAAUUUGUUUAUUCAACAACUUCAAAGUCAAUUAUCUCAAGUGUAGUGUAUCCAUUGCCGAAGGUUCAAUCUCAAGCCAUGAACACCACCAGCCUUCUUGUCCUUGGUGUUGCUGUUUUCUGUGGUGUCAGUGCUCUAGACUGCCCAAGAUGUGUACAUCAAGCUGACCCGGCCUCCUGCACAGACACACGGACGUGUAGCAACGCCACUGCAGACAUAUGUCAUCUCUCAAUAACAACAAGCAACGGCCAUCACCGUGUGCUCUACAACUGCCAAAUUGCUGCUAACUGUCACCUCCACGAGACCCAACAUUGUGACCUGACUGUUGAUGGACACUGUAACUUCUGUUGUGAUUCUCUUGAUUCUUGCAAAAUCCAGAGAGACGGAAUAUUUGGGGAUGUUAUGUCCACAACGGCAGACGCGGCGACAUCAACGACAACAGCAGCGCCAUAAAAACUAGAAUCUGUUUCUUCUGCACACCAAAAAAAAAUGUUUUCUUUUUCAAAUUUAUUUAUUUUUACUAAUGAAAAUAUUAAAUCAUUUCUGGUAUAAAGAG